AUGCCAACCGCAGCCGACGUUCCACUUCUAUACGAGGUCCAUCAGCGCAUACACGGGUUUCCUGGAAAGUUGGGUAGUCUUGAUUGCACGCACUGGGAAUGUGCGGCAUGUCCAACCACUUGGAAAGGGCAACAUCAUCUUGGUGACCACGAUGGUCCUACCCUAAUAUUACAAGCGGUCGCUUCUCAAGAUUUAUGGAUUUGGCAUGCGCACUUUGGCAUGGCUGGUGCGAACAAUGGCAUUGCAGUUUUAAUGUCCUCGAAUCUAUUCGACGAUGUCAUAGACGGGGUUGCACCAGAUACUUCAUUCUAUGCAAACGACGUGCAGUAUAAGUAUGGCUACUAUCUCACAGACGAUAUCUAUCCCGAGUGGGCGACGUUGGUAAAAUCUCUAAAAACUCUUUCGUGUCCGGAUGACGAAAAAGUUAUCAAGCGGGCUUUCGGUGUGUUAAAAAAAAGAUGGUCUAUCAUCGCCCAGCCGUCAAGGAUACUUGAAAAAAGUAAAGUGAGAAACGUCAUGUAUACGUUUAUCAUUUUGCAUAACAUGAUAUUGGAAGACUCGGGUAUAGCGUUUUGUGGAGAAAGCUAUGAUGAAAGUAUCAAACCGACGAACCCACUACUAACAUAUGCUGAGAAAGAAGAUAUCCGAGCGAAGAUAGGGGCUAGGCACACACACCAUAACCUUCGAACCGAUCUGACCGAGCACCUAUGGUUUUAUGGUGAAUAA